AUGGCAAUGCAACAGCAGAGCGAAUCACAACAGCCCUCAGCUGUUUCUGAGGUUAGUGAAACAUUAGACGCUAGCUUAACUGACGUAGUGCCUAGCGGCAGCAUCAGUCAGGCCCCACAACAAAGCUUAAGUGUUUUGAUGUCAUCUGAGCAGGACGAAAUAAACCCAUUGACUGUAAUCAUGCAGCAGUUAACACUGUUAGCCAAAAAUGUAACAGACUUAACUAAAGCGCAAAUAGAGACUAAAAGGGAAUUGAAUGAACAAUUAGCAGCCAAUCAAGUGAAAGUCCAGGAGCAAUUAGAAGCUAAUCAAGUGGAAUUAAAUAAUAAAUUAGUAGAAAGUUUUCAGAAACUUGAUGAUAAAUUAAAUAAAACUGCGGAAGAAUUGAAAAUUCAGAAUGAAAAGACAGAAUUACAAUUAGCUCCUCAAAUUGAGCAAGUCACUCAGCAGUGUAAUGAAAAUGCGAAGAAGUUAUGCCUAGAGCUAACCGAGUAUGUUGCUACUAAGCUUGAUACUAUUAAAGAGCAGGUCGAGUCAAUCCCACAGAUAGUUCAAGCACAAGAACAGAUCCAAUGUUCUAUGGCGGUAAUUCCGGUAUUAGUUGAAGUUCAAGAUGAAUUAAAGCAACAAGUAAAUGAGAUGUCAGCAGAUAUGCAGGAUUUGAGACAAUCACAAGACAAGAUCCCGAAAGACAUCCAAAAUUUGGAUAAAUCCAUAAAUAACAUAAAGAAGAGACAAGACGAGGUUGAUCAUAAGGUAAACAUCCUUGCGGGAAAAUUCUCGCAGUUAAGUCUGGAAAGGCAAAGCAUUUCUUCAGACAAUACUGAACAUACGGUCAGAGCAGCUAUACAAUUUAUGACCGUGAGUUCUAAAGAAAAUUUAUUUAAUAAAGGUUUUCGAGAAGCCAGAGAACAACUGGGCAAAGAACUUAAACAAUGGAAAGAAAACAUUGAGAGAUCUUUAAAUCUAUCUCAAGAAGAUUUGUGUUCCAUGCAAGGAAAUGAACCCAUAACAAAAUCUAUCAAUCAAGCUACAUUAUUUAACUGA